CCCCCUCCCCCUCUCUCUCUCUCUCUCUCCUGCGUGAGGGGAGGUUGCUGCUUGAGAAAUAAAAGAACCUACAGGAACAGAAGUCACUGCAAAAGCCUUUUAGUUGCAUCUUUUUCCCCUCUAUACCACUCCACUCGCAUACCAACUCACCGAGCAGAACGAGGACCUUCAGACCAGAAAAAGAAAAGCAAAACAAAACGAGGAGCUUUUAGCUAUUAAAACCCAACAAAACAAAAACCCCCGUUAAAAGCAAACCCCAACCAAUCUCUGUCUCUCUCUCUCUCUCUCUCCAUGGACUUGCAACUGAAGCAAUGGAGGAAGCAGCAGGACGGGUCAGAACCACUAUCAGAAGCAGCAGCAGCAGCAGCAGAAGCGCCCUCUGCAAAGUUGCCAAGGCUCGUUCUUGACGAGCCCCAUCACCCGCAAUCCCAAUCGCAAUCGCAACCAAUGCAAUCUCUCGCUGCUGCCUCCUCCACUCUCCCUCUGUUUGUUCCCGAUAAACUCAGCAGCAACAUGUCAGCAGCCGCGUUCCCAGAUUCUGCUCCUGCUGCCCCCAGAUCCUUCCCCAGGAUGGGGAGCUAUUUCAGCUGGGCUCAGUGGCAGGAGCUGGAACUUCAGGCUCUGAUCUACAGAUACAUGUUAGCUGGAGCCACCGUCCCGGCCGAGCUGCUCCAGCCGAUCAAGAAGAGCCUCCUUCAGGCCCCUUAUUUCCUCCACCACCCUCUUGGCCAUUUGCAACAUUACCCUCAAUAUCAGCCUGCUUUGUUGCAGGCAGGGUACUGGGGCAGAGCCUCCAUGGAUCCGGAGCCCGGGAGGUGCCGCCGCACCGACGGCAAGAAGUGGCGGUGCUCGAGGGAUGUGGUGCCCGGCCAGAAGUACUGCGAGCGCCACAUGCACCGCGGACGUAACCGUUCAAGAAAGCCUGUGGAAAUCCCCACGUCUGCCGCUGCCGCCAAUGGUGGCGGCACCGCCAGGGGCUUUAGUGGGACUAAUCUCAAAUCUGCCGAUCCCGCCGUGGUCGCCGCCACCGCCGUCCCUCUAGCGGCGGUGGCCGGGGGCGGCGGCCAUUUCUCGCUCUCGGGGCCUUCGUCCUCGAUCGAUCUCUUCCAAAGUUACUCCGAGCCCAAGAGCGACGGCAACAAGCACCUCUUUGAAUCCCAGGGCGAGGCGAACGGCGGCAGCAGAUCUGACGGGCACAUAUUGAGGCACUUCUUCGAUGACUGGCCGCGGUCGCUCCAGGAUUCUGACAACUCCUCGAGCAACGCCAGCCCGAUGAGCUCGUCAACCUGCCUGUCCAUCUCCAUCCCUGGCAACCCCUCCUCCGACGUGUCGCUGAAGCUGUCCACAGGCCACGGCGACGAGCCCAGCACGAACGACAGGGACGCCGCCGCCGAGAGGGACCACCCGCCCCAGCUCGGCAACUGGGGCACUGGCUGGUCGCCGAACCAGGUGGCUUCGAUGGGGGGUCCGUUGGCCGAGGCGCUGAGGUCGUCCACGAGCCACUCAUCAUCCCCCACGAGCGUCCUGCAUCAGGUGCCCCGCGGUUUGGCCUCGGAAGCUAGCUACGUUAGCACCUAAUCCGGGGUCAUUGGUGGUCUUAAAACAAAGUAAGGGGUGACAAAAGAUAUAGUGGGGUCCUGUCUUCUUUGCUGGUUUUGUUUGGUCACUCUUCCCUACUCACAUCACUCAGAUGAUAUAUCUCUGUAAAUCGGGCGUGUUUGUGUGGUCCUACGCCAUAUUAUCUUUUCUGAACUGAUCUUUGCAUUAACCCCAAAGUGUUCAUUGGGAAACAAGAAAGGGAGAGAGUGUUCUAUGCACCUGAAGGUGCUGAUUUCAUGCAUCGAGAUCUGAUGCGGCCAAUC